AUGGCCAUCGAAAUGCAGCAAAUUAUUGAAUUGAUUCUUGCAAUUUUCCUGCCUCCGUUGGCCAUCUUCAUCCAUGGUUCGGACUGCAAUAUUCACGUUGCCGUGAACAUUAUUCUUUGCUUUUUCUUCUACUUACCAGCCAUUAUCCAUGCUCUAUGGUACUGUUUCUUCCGUGGAUGA